AAUUGUCAGUGCUGACGAUAUCCAAAACGCAGCGCUCUCUCUCUCUCUCUCUCUAAAUUCAACCUGGUCAAUAAUGAAGAGUUCAAUGCCAUCUAAUGAUCAAGUAGAGAUUUCGUCGGACGAAUCUUCUUCUUCCUCUGAUGCAGACGAUGAUGUCGUAAUGAGCCAUCACCUAAACGAUGAACACGACGUAGAAUUAUCCGACAAAGCAUGGCUAUUCAGAAGAGCAAAGAGCUACCAAGAAUAUAUGAAGUUGAUACCUAUACCAGCCAAACGAGGCACUAUCAUUCCCUACACUUCAUGGACAGGAUUAGGCAGCUCGAUUAAGCAGAUUUACGAGCAGCCUUUGCAUUAUCUUACAAAUCUUCACUUGAGAAAUUUGGACCAAGAGAGAUUCGGAGCAGAAAACGAGAAUAUUCCCCUCGACACGAUUGUUCAUCCGUCAAAAGCUGAGGCCAGCAUUUGGCUCGUUGAAGAGAUUAAUCGAAAAACCUCGUCCCCACAUCAUUUGGCUAAAAUGUGGAAUGAUUGUUCGAUGUAUCAUGCUUUUAUCGAUCCCGUUUUUCCGAAACUAGGUUGUUAGAAUCUGUUAGGGUAAACUAGAAUGAUGUAGAAGUUUUUGUUUGGUUUCGCGUAUGGUGUUUUGUUUCGGAUUAAGAUUUAUCUGUUCUAUGUUGAAAUGUUUUGUUGGAAGUCCUUUAUAUAUCCUUUUUUGAUC